GCGUCCGCAGCUCCCAGCAGCCCCGGCGCGGCCUGAGGUGUCGGUGGCGGAGGGAAGAUGGAGGAGAUCGGGAUCCUGGUGGAGAAGACCCAGGAUGAGCUGCCUGCGCUGGCUAUCUCCAGGCCUCAGACUGGCUUGUCCUUCCUUGCCCCGGAGCCCGAGGACCUGGAGGAUCUCUACAGCCGCUACAAGAAGCUGCAGCAGGAGCUGGAGUUCCUGGAGGUGCAGGAGGAGUACAUCAAGGACGAGCAGAAGAACCUGAAGAAGGAGUUCUUGCACGCGCAGGAGGAGGUGAAGCGCAUCCAGAGCAUCCCUCUGGUCAUCGGCCAGUUCCUAGAGGCCGUGGACCAGAACACGGCCAUUGUGGGCUCUACCACAGGCUCCAAUUACUAUGUGCGGAUCCUGAGCACCAUUGACCGGGAGCUGCUGAAGCCCAACGCUUCGGUGGCCCUGCACAAGCACAGUAAUGCGCUGGUGGAUGUGCUGCCACCCGAGGCUGAUAGCAGCAUUAUGAUGCUGACAUCAGAUCAGAAACCGGACGUGAUGUACGCUGACAUUGGCGGGAUGGACAUCCAGAAACAGGAGGUGAGGGAGGCUGUGGAGCUGCCCCUCACCCACUUUGAGCUGUACAAGCAGAUCGGCAUCGACCCCCCACGUGGCGUCCUGAUGUAUGGCCCCCCUGGCUGUGGGAAGACUAUGCUGGCCAAAGCUGUGGCCCAUCACACCACAGCUGCCUUCAUCCGCGUGGUGGGCUCAGAGUUUGUACAGAAGUACCUGGGUGAGGGGCCGCGCAUGGUGCGGGACGUCUUCAGGCUGGCUAAGGAGAACGCACCCGCCAUCAUCUUCAUAGACGAGAUUGACGCCAUCGCCACCAAGCGUUUCGAUGCCCAGACAGGGGGUGAGCUGGAGCAUAUUUCAGUUACAUUGUAUUUACUUAUUAGCAUUUUAUAAAACCACAUAGACCAGAGCAUCACAGAGUGAUCAUGCUCUCUUGUCCUCCAGGUGAUCAUGGCCACAAACCGAGCAGACACGCUAGACCCCGCCCUGCUGCGGCCUGGCCGCCUUGACCGCAAGAUCGAGUUCCCCCUGCCUGACCGGCGCCAGAAGCGCCUCAUCUUCUCCACCAUCACCAGCAAGAUGAACCUGUCCGAGGAGGUGGACUUGGAGGACUAUGUGGCCCGGCCAGAUAAGAUCUCAGGUGCCGACAUCAACUCCAUCUGUCAGGAGGGCGGCAUGCUGGCUGUGCGGGAGAACCGCUACAUCGUCCUGGCCAAGGACUUCGAGAAGGCGUACAAGACGGUUAUCAAGAAGGAUGAGCAAGAGCACGAGUUCUACAAAUGAGGAGCCGCGGGGGGGGGACUGUGGGGCAGGCUUGAAAUCCCUCCAAUAAACCCCGCCCCAUGCCUCUGCA